AUGUUGCAGACGAGGGUCCUGGAGAGGGGAGAUAUUGAGUUAGAUGACCCUAAAAGCCAUCGUCAUGCUGAGAUUUACCCUUGUGAAAUGAUCCAUUCAAUUGCUUCAUUUUCCCAUGCUCAAAGCAAUCCUGCUUAUGAGAGAUUUUUUUCUCCCCAUAUAGAGAUGAUUGGUUCCACAAAUCUUAUAAUUCUUCUAGAGGAUGAAACCUUUGCUGAUUUUUUCAACACAUCUCUUUCUCUCCUAGUCUUUUGUCAGACACCAUUUUACACUCUUGAAAAUUCAUAGUGGAGCUUGUGGCCAGAAAUACACCAUGACUUGGUGAGUGAAGAGCUGGUGGAUUUCUGGAUUCUUGCUGAGAAGAUCCUGAGCAUAGAUGAGGUGGACAUGGAAGUGAGAGACUACUACCUGUCCCUCCUCUUCAUGCUGAAGGCCACCCAUCUGCAGGAAAGCUCACGGGUGGUGACUCUCUGCAACAUGAACAUCAAGGCCCUUCUGAACCUUUCCGUCUGGCAUCCCAACCAGUCAACCACCAGGAGGGAAAUCCUGAGUCACAAGCAAAAAGUGGCUCUGUUCAAACUCCAGAGCUAUUGGCUCCCAAACUUUUACACCCACGCUAAGACGAUCAUGGCCAAGGAGGAAUCGUGCCAGGCUCUGAUGCAGGAAUACGAGACUCGCCUGUACAGUAUCUGCUAUACCCACGUAGGAGGGCUCCCUCUGAGUAUGAGCAUCAAGAAGGGGCACCACCCCCAGAAGCGGUACUCGAGCGGGAAGGCCAAGAGGAAGAUGUGGCAGUUGACAGACCAUGGCUCUUGGUCUCUGGAAGUGAGUACCAGCCCAGCUAUCAACGCUUUGCUCCCCCAGGAGCUGUUUCCUCAAGGCAAGUUGGUUAUACAAAUGCCUUCCCCGAAAGAGACCUCUUUAAAGGAGAGAAUUAUCAGUUUCUGGGAAAAGGAUAUUCUCUGUGCCAAGAAGUCCAAUGUGAAGAACAAAGCCAAGAGCCACCUCCACGUGGAGGGCCUCUCUGAGACAUCAUUCUUUACCCACCUGAGGACUGUCACCCCCAUCAUCAAUUACUCCCCCCACAUGACAAUUAAGAAGGCCGUGGAGCAAAACCUCUCCUUGGGGUACAGCCACUGGGCCUUGUGUGCUGAUGUUGCAGGGAGUCCCUUUUGGGACCACCUGAAGAAGCAAAAUUUGAAAGUGGAGGUCCAACUCCUGGACCUAUGGCAGGACCUGCACGAUUUCCUCAGUGUCCUGAUGAGUAACAGGAAGACUGGGAAAGCCAUCUUUUGGCACAUGCUGGGCAACCGGAUCUGUGAGCUCUGCCUUAAUGAGCAGAUUGGUCUACGCCUACCACUAAAAUCCCAAACCAUCAAAGGCCUGAAGGAGCUGCUGCCAUCUGGGGAUGUGAACCCCUGGAUUCCCAGAGCCCAGAAGGAGAUCUGCAAUGCAGGCCAUGCCUCACAGAAAUGGGUUGGUAUCUGGAAGAUUAGGUCAAGACUGACCAAAAAUCCUAUCUGGUCAUCUAUCCUGGCUAACUUAAUGAUAUAA